GUUUUUGCACUCACACAACCGGAAGCGAAAUAACAUCCACAUCACAUCCGUGAACAAGAACAGCAACAAAACCUCUUAGGCAGUCCUGUCACAAAAGUUCUGAUCAGACAGUCUAUACAUGCCAUCUGGAGCUCCGUCGGGGGAGAACUGCCUUGUAGACAUGGACAGCAAGGCUGGAGAUAUGUUCGGGUCUGAGGACGCUCAUCCUACUGGGACAGGUGGAGCUGGAAUCCUGGCAAAGCUCUGGCUCCCUAAAGGCUUCUCGAUCAGUAUGGCUAAAGAGUGGAUCGACAGGCGUCGGUUGUCCAUUCGCCCUUGGAAUAGCUUCGUGGAUCAACGCAAGUUUUCCAAACCCCGCAACUUUGGAGAGAUGUGUCAGAGGAUGGUGAAAAACGUGGAGACUUUCAACAGCAACUACACCUUCAUCUUCCUGGGUCUCAUCCUCUACUGCAUUAUCAGCUCCCCCAUGCUUCUGAUUGCCUUGGCUGUGUUCGUCGGUGCCUUCUACAUCAUCCACCUCAAGUCUCUGGAGUCCAAACUGGUUAUUCUCGGCAAGCAGCUGACCGUCCCUCACCAGAUGGGUCUGGCUGGAGCCGUUUCCCUUCCUGUGUUCUGGUUGGCUGGAGCCGGAGCCGCAGUGUUUUGGGUUCUGGGAGCGACGCUGUUUGUGAUCGGCUCUCACGCUGCGUUCAGGGAGCUGGAGGGAUCGGACAUGGAGGAGCUGCUGAUGGAUCCGGUGUGAAGAGAAGGAGCCGCUCCUCCAUCACUCUGACCCUCACGGGUGGAGGAAGGACUGCUCCCACAUCUGAUCCUCACUAUGUAUUCCCUGUAUUAGAAUGCACCUUGUCUUGCCUAUAAAGUAGUUGAUGUUACAGACUGUAUUGACAUUUAUGCAGACGCAUUCAUACACAUAACUGGCCAAAUGCACACAUUGUAAUUUGUUGUAUUUAGGCACGUUCUUAUACAGAUUAUAUGCCUUUCUCUACAUAUGUUAUACCUUGGAUGCCUCUGGUUUGUGUCAUCUCGCUCGCCAUAAUGUCGCACAAUCACAUAUCUUAGUAGAAGUACUAGUAGUCAUUUACAGUUUCCAAUAAUAAUGCAUAAAUACAUAACAAUAAGGGUUUCAUUUGAAGAAAAAAUAAAAUAGAAUUGUCUGUGCUGUAGAUAGCUUCAGGAAUAUCUUCUAUAUCCAACCCAUCUGACAAGUUUGCUGCUUCUUUAUUUAAAGAUACAUUAAAUGCAAUGUUUCCAUUCUAAACAGCUAAAGAAAUAUAGAUUUUCCAAAGGAAAAGUGCAAUGUAAAGCUUUAAAAAAAAAUAUAUGUCUUUGAUGAUGAUCAUAUACAAAGUUAUUGUUUUAUUCAGGGGGAUCAAAAACAAAUCUCAGAUACGGUACUUAACAUAGACAGGUUGCUGAAGAUACAUCUUUAAAGGUCAGUACAUAAUAAUGUUGUCUUGCAUCGGAUGAUAAUAUGGUAUCUUUGUGACUGUAUGCAUAUUUAUCAGCAUUCAGGUCAGGUUUCCUUACCUGAAAUAUUUCUUUUUUGAACUCUGUUAUUCAUUGGUUUACAUUUCUAUGUAAAAAUGGGUGUUUUUUGUAUUUAAAUUGCAUUUUCAGAACUGCAAUAAACCCUUAAUGUAAAGAAAGCUUCA